CUUACAUUAUUUGAUCAUAGAGAAUUCAUAGUUUGACAUUUGGUUGCAAAAAUAUUGGGAGUAGAAAAUCAUGAAGUUUGUGACGAAACUCAAUUCUUGUAACGUUUUGAACCGUUUUUAAAUAUAAUAUCUAUGCUAAGCUAAUUAUAGGAACGGUUCUGGACUUGAGUACUGUGAGAUCCUGAAACCUCCCAGCAGGUUUAUGUUCCCGGAGAAAAGGACUAAUAAACUAGCACAGAAACUUUGCAAUAAACUUGGUGGGAAUAUAAUGGUUCCUAUAAAUGAGAAGGAUAACCAGGAAGUUACUGAGCUCGCAACUAAAUAUUUUAAAACCUGUGAAGCUAAAUCUAGAGGAGGAAGAAUUGCUUGGAUUGGUCUUACAUCCAACUCAAGCACAGAAUGGAAGUCUAUGAGUGAUGAGGUUGGAUUGAGCUGGGAGAACUGGAGAGAUGGGCCUGGUAACACAGAAACCAACUGUGCUUUUCUUUAUACAACUUCAGGUUCAAGAGGAGGAGAAAGAGGAAGGUGGGGAGCUGGGAUCUGUCAAGAAUUCAAUCCUCUCAGACACUGCACGAUUUGUGAAUUUAAAUCUAUUUCUCCGACAUUCACUCUGAGAGGCCUGUGCAAGGAUAGUCCAUUUGACAGGAAACAUUUUUAAACCUUUUUUUCUGAG